CAUUUCCAAGUCGAUCCCACUCGGCCCCAUUUGAUCCCCUUCCCCUCACCCAAAUCCCUAGCGCCGCCGCCAUCGUUGCCAUCGCCGCAACCACCAUCGCCUCUGAGUCUAACACCGCCCACUUUACCCUCGGCCCUGCCGGCCGUUCCUUCUCUGUCCGCCUCAAGUCCUUGGCCCACGGCUCCCAACAAAUGGAGUGCACCAAUUGUUUCCACACUAGGGAUUUGUGCGUUGGGAAUGUUGGAUUGGAGAACGGUUGCUUCUACUUGACGCUUUUGGAGGGCUUCAAAUGGAUGGCGUGCAUCCCAUGUUUUGCAAGGCCUAACCUCCUAAGGAAGCUUAAGGUUGCCAUGGAUAAGGGGACUGGCACCACUGCCUACCUGUGCACCAAAGAGGGCUUCUCUUUCAAGACUACGAUCCUUAAUGAAAAAGACCGAACAUAUUUUGGUUGUUCUAAUUGGGGGGCAUUUGCCAAAGCUUACAAAUUUGAGGAAGGGAUGGCUAUCCACUUUGAUUUUAGCAAAUAUUCUGAUUCUCAUCCUGACAUCUUGGUAGAUUUGGAAAACAUUCCAAUCCUUCCUCCGUCUUACUUCCUAGCGCCAAAAACAACUCAGGAGAUAGUUGACAGCACUUACUAUACUGCUGACAGCGUGCUUACUUGGGAGGAGAAGAAUUACCUCGUUUCCUUUGUCGAUGGUAUUGAGUGUUUUACGAACACUCACAAUGAUGGGAAAAAUUAUGCAUCAUACGUGCCACUAGUGCACGCCUUGAACAAGACCAACAUUCAAAACAAAUGCCUGAAGCUCCCAAGAUGUGUUGUACCUGAGAUUAUGGAUGGCAAUGGUGAGAUGACACUUAUCUACGAUGACAAGACCAAUUUCAAAGACACCUACUCGACUGCAGCCCUACCAGAUGGACGCCUCCUAGUUAAUGGGUGGAGAAGAAUACUGAAGGAGUGCAACCUGGAAAUUGGAGCUAGGUUGAUCUCUGUGCUCCACCAUGGAAGUGCAGGGAUUUUCCUAUACUUGACAUCCAUUCCAAAAAGAGAGGACUAGUUAAAAGUUGUCAAUGACCUUUGGAGUCAUAGUCCCUAUCGAACAUUGUUUUAGGUUAAACCUAAUAUGUAUUGUUCAAUGGUUGAAUUAUGUGUUGUUCAUUCAUGGUACUAAUUAACUAGUGGAUAAGGUAGCAAAAUGCAUGCAUGUAACGAUGGGUAUCAAUGUAACAUUGCAGCGUAUUGCAAUUUCUUAUGGGUAUCAACAUAAUAUGUA